ACGCCCGUCGUAUCUGGUGCGACGCGACGGUCACAGGCUGCUGCGGAGGACAGCUUGGCGUGUAAGGAAUGCCGUCGUCGCAAGGCAAACUGCGACCAUAAGAUACCGGAGUGUUCGACCUGCAAACGUUACAAGCGUCAUUGUCUCUAUGAUAGGCUUGGGAAGACACCACUAACAAGAAGGCAUGUCGAGCAUCGACUAUCGCGUGCCGAAGCGAUUCUGAAGAGAUUGUUUUCUGACCAAGAAGUUUCGUACUUGCUUGAUCAAGAGCGCUCAGGCGAUGUACCCAUAUUGCCCUCCGUAAGAAAUGCUUCACGGACACAGACGCCACGGACGGCCAGUCCGGCUGGAGAGAGCAUUAAUUCACCAGCUUCGUUGCAUCAGCGGCAAUCAGUAACUUCACAACCUCAAGCACCAAUCCAAGGAAGUGCCGCUUUCGAGGAUCCGGGAUCAACAUGGAGCUUUCCCACUACCGACGUGGAGCCGGACCCUACAGCGGCCUUGUAUCCGGAUGGCGAUGAGGAAUUCGAGUGGGACGAAAGAGAGCAGACUGGACUUUCUGGUGGAGUCGCUAUGGCGGAGGAUGAUGAGGAAGGUGUCAGAAAGGUUAUGGAUGGCAUGGCCACGCUCACGGUCGAUGGUGGGAACUAUGGUUAUCUUGGGAUGGCGUCUGGUGCCUCUCAUCUACGAUCCUUGUGGAUGGAAUCUGGAAACGGUCUUUCCUGGGACUCUGGUGCCUGGAACGAUCGACGACGUGAUCUGCAGCACCUUCUUCGUCGGCAGACAGAAGGCUCAUCGAUAGCCUCUGCAGUGCAAACUCAGACUUUGGUAACACGAGCGAUGGUAGACAUGUUCGUCGAUGCCUUCUUCGUUCGCUAUCAUCCUGUCUUUCCCAUAUUGCAUGAGCCGACGUUUAGAGCUCAGUACGACAGUAGAAUGGCUCGACCUGGACAGAGUAUCUGGCUUGUUCUCGUGAAUAUCGUUGCAGCUUUGGGUGCCUUUGUCACAAACCCGAGCUCAUCAGAUGAGACGAGCCUGUCGAUCUUUCGGACGGCGAAGCGCUAUCUUGCAGUCAAUGCAUUGGAAACAGGCAACUUGACCCUGGUGCAAGCAUUUGGUAUGUCGGCCAUGUUCCUCCAGAAGAUCAACAAGCCAAACACUGGCUAUAACUAUGGUGGAGUAGCCAUCAGGAUGGCCAUCGGGCUUGGCUUGCACAAGGAGUUUGGAUCCCAACAUAUGAGUCCAUUCAAACAAGAAUUGCGACGAAGGAUAUGGUGGUCUCUUUGUGUCCUGGACGUGGGUGCAACAAUCACCUACAGUCGUCCGUUGAUCUGGCCGCAAGUUGGAGUCGAUGCAGCUUUGCCGUCCAACAUCCGGGAGGAGGAUUUAAUGAUCAAUUCACCAGUGACACCAGCCGAAGUCGAUGAAGCGACUGUCAACACGUACCUCAGAGUCCAGUCGUCGUAUCAUCUGCAGACGAUGCCGAUAUACAACCGGCUGAUCAGUAAUCCACCUCCGCUGCCCGAAGAACUCUUGACUCUCGACUCGACCAUCGUAGAGGCCUGGUUGAGCCAGGUGCCGCAUUACUUCAACGAUAGCAUCGGACAACACCUGGAGGAUCGGUUUGCGUUGCCACAUGGAAUUAAUUGCUGGAGAUAUCGAAAUCUUCGAAUCGUCAUAUUCCGGCCGUUGCUGGUGAAAUGGGCGUUGCAAGAUGGACUCGAAGAGACUCUUACUUGGCAUGAGCAGGAAGCUACCAAUCGAUGCUUGCGCGCUGCUCGAGAGAGUAUAGCGUCGAUACAGAAUUUCUGGAAGUCGAGACCGCAGACUAGGUUGACAGCGUUCUAUGUUCUCACUCAUCCCGAUUCAUUGUUUGCGUUGCAAAUCCCAGUCAAGCCGACGAUGGACGCGACUGCGUGGAUGGCUGGAUGCGCGCCUACCUUGAUCAAUGAAAAUCUUUGGGCUGGUAGUCUGGACAACACCAGUGCGGAGCUCUCUUUCAGUACCUGGGAAGGAGAUUGGAAUAUA